AUGUUGACAACUCCUGAUGAAACAGGAUCUAUUCCAUUUGUAAUACCUAACAAUAUCAAUUCAUCUCAUACCAAUGGGCACACUGUUUCAGCAGCAUUACCGGAUACAACAACUUUUAAUUGGGGUAAUUAUUUAAAAACAACUGAUUCACAUGCUGCACCAAUCAGUUAUUUUUGCCAUGCGCCACUAUAUGAUAUGUGGUCACAAUUAACGCCUGGAAUGAAACUUGAAGUAAUAAAUACAGAUUGUGGCAGUAAUUCGAAUGAUACAAAAGAGAACGUUUUUUGGUUUGCAUAUAUCGUUCGAGUGGAAGGUUAUUUAGCAUUAGUCCGUUAUGAAGGUUCCGAAGAAGAUUCAUCAAUGGAUUUUUGGUGUAAUCUAUGCAGUAAAGACGUUCAUUGUGUUGGCUGGUGUGGACAAAAUGCUGUGAAAUUAGCACCUCCAAGAAGCAUUGAACAUCGACAAACUGAUUGGAAAGCAUUUCUAAUCAACAAACUCGUUGGAUCAAAAACUUUACCAGAUAAUUUCCGUUACAAAAUGCAAUCAUCACUUCGUUGUUCAUUUAAAAAGAAUAUGAUCGUUGAAGUUAUUGAUAAAUAUCGUGUGUCAAAUAUGCGUGUAGGAAAAAUAUCUGAAGUGAUCGGUGGUCGAUUAAGAAUAAAUUAUGAAAAUACUGCAGGCGAACAUUUUUGGGUGCAUCAUACAUCCGAAUUAAUUCAUCCAGUUGGUUGGUCACAUGAAAUCGGACAUGAAUUAGAAGCUACAGAAGAAUAUAGAAGUGAAGUAGCAAAAAUGCUUGAAAUAAAUUUAUAUCCAGCAACUAUUCCAACAGCAGAUUAUUUUUGUAAAGUUGAAAAAAUAUCAAAAAUCGAUGAACAAUUUAAGGAAGGACAAAAAUUAGAAGCAGUUGACCCAUUAGAAAUGUCUCGUAUUUGUCCAGCAACGAUUGGGAAAGUACUCAAAGAUGGUUAUUUUAUGUUAUCCAUUGAUGGAUCGAGUGUUGAAGAUGGUUCUGAUUGGUUUUGUUAUCAUUCGAGUUCACGUCUUAUAUUUCCAAUAAAUUUUUGCAAGAUUAAUAAAAUUCCAUUAUCACCUCCAAUCGGUUAUCACGGCGAUUUUCAAUGGGAUAAAUAUUUACUUGAAACUAAUUCCGUUUAUGCACCAAAAGAUCUUUUUCAAAUCAUAAAAAAAAAAAUAAUAAAUCCAUUUUCCGUUGGCAUGAAAAUUGAAGCCGUUGACAUGAUGGCACCACAUUUAGUAUGUGUAGCUACUAUUGCAGAACUUGCUGAUAGCCUUAUUCGUGUUCGUUUCGAUGGUUGGGGUGAAGAUUUUGAACAAUGGAUUGACUGCCAAUCGCCAAAUAUCUAUCCGAUUGGCUGGUGUGAACUUGUUGGCUAUAAAUUAGAACCACCAAAACCACCCGAACAAGAAAACUCCGAAUCAACAAAAACGCGUGCUAAAAAACCGAUCAAUCGAAAGUCAAAUAAACGAAAACGAAUUACUUAA